UUGGUGGAAGGUGGUGCUAUUGUGGACAAGCUGCUUCUUCCACGCGCUUGGCGCUCCUGUAGAUGAGCGUGUGUUCUCCCGCCUGUCCUCGUGGAUAAAUGCUGAGAGGCGGCCGAGCCCCUGGUGACCUCUUUCGCUUUUACUAUGUCUGCAGAGGCAGCAAUGAUGCUCUGUCGGAGGAUCUGAAGUCUGGUGCGCGGAUGCGUUUUUGAGUGCGCUGCAGCCUGAACAGAAGAAACACGAUCUGGCAGACUGGAUGCAAACCACCCAGUAUGUUUUAACUGCGCUGCCUGUUAAUUUUUUGUCUUUUCAUUCCUUUUUUGUUUUUGACUUCAUUUGGAUGUCUUUUUGUGGGAGUUUUCGUGUUGCCCUGCAGGGAGCGGACAUGGUUUUGCGUACUGGAAGUUUAACCCUGCUCUCCUGAACUCCCCAUCUUUUGAGGGGUUUUUUUUGUUUUGUUUUUUCACCACAAGUUUAUAACCGAGUCUGCAGGAGGACUGAGGCACGAAAGAGCAAAUGGCCAACGAGCGCAAACCGCGGCUCUGCAUCAUGGCAAAGGGGGACAGCGGGUAUGGGUUCCACUUGCACGGCGAGAAGGGAAAGAACGGCCAAUAUAUCCGCAAAGUGGAGCCGGGGUCCCCGGCGGAAGCGUCGGGAAUGCGCGCCGGGGACAGGGUGGUCGCGGUGAACGGAGUCAACGUGGAGAGAGAGACGCACCACCAGGUGGUACAGCGGAUCAAGGAAGUAGAAAAUGAGACCAGGUUGCUGGUCGUUGAUCAGGAAACAUACGAAAGCCUCCGCAGCUUGCAUCUGACGGCCACAGAGGAGAUGGCUGUUCUCGGGACAGAGGCUCUCCCCGCUGCUUCCUCCCCUCCAGCCUCCUCCUCGCCGACACCCUCCUCCACUCCUUCCUCCCCCACCAAGAAGCGUCAGAACGGCUCUGUGUCCAAGCAGGGCAGCCAGGUGCAGAAGCCCACCAGGAGGUCACCUUCGAAGGCUGCGAAGAAGGAGGCCUCAACAGAAGUGGAGAUUCAGUCUCAGCCUCAGGACCAGUCCCCCCACCAGGUCGACCCGUCUGAGCUCGCUCCACGUCUGUGUCACCUGACUCGGUCAGCGGGGGGCUACGGCUUCAACCUGCACAGUGACCGGUCACGGCCCGGUCAGUACAUCCGCUCCCUGGACCCGGGAUCGCCCGCCGAGCGUGCCGGACUGCGACCACAAGACAGACUAGUUGAGGUGAACGGCGUGAACAUCGAGGGCAUGAGGCAUACAGAGGUAGUGGCCUUCAUAAAGAAAGGGGGAAACGAGACCUGGCUGCUGGUGGUGGAUCCAGAAACAGACGAAGACUUCAAGAGAAGAGGAGUGAUCCCCACGAUCAGCCACGUCAAAGAUUAUGAUGGUCCUUCCAUAUCCAACGGAUCGCCCAGCCCUCAGGUCAACGGCAGCUCCACCACGCAGUCCUUCAGGUCGACACGCUCAGACCUCAGCAGCCAGGGGAACAGCACGCAGCUGGCAGACGACGACGGCAGCCAGCUCAUGGACCCUUUCGCUGAGAUCGGUCUGAGACUCGCUGCCACGGCGGCAGAGGAAAAGAUGAAACUCCAUGCCAAGGAGAAGAAGAAGGCACCACAGAUGGACUGGAUGAAGAAAUAUGAGCUGUUCAGUAAUUUUUAAGAUUAGUUUCUUGCCUCGCGAGACUUUGUGAAAGGCAUUUCCUAAAAAUCGAACUUCUCUGAAAAAGAAGAUUUUUCAAUACUCAGAUGAGAAUAAUCCCGACACGCGAGGGACAAUUUUCUCUUUUCUCAACACUUUUUUUCUCCAUCAACUAUUUGAUUCACCCUCCACCUCUGAGAGACUCGAAAUAGCAGCUAUUUUUAUAUUUAAAAACCAUAAACAAAAAUAAAUAAGCAGCAUCCUGUUAUGGAAAGCCUUCUAAAGAGGUUACUGGACACUGUGACAUGAAUGAUGGUGGACUUCGUGGGAGUUUAUAUUUUUUCAAAUCAGCCUGGGGACGCCUGAAGCAGGCAGAAGAAUCACUGUGAAAGACUCUGCACCUCCAGCCCAUGCAGACAAUGUACAACCAAGAAAAGAACGCUGUGUAUUCUCUUACAUGUAUUUUUACAUCAAGUAUAUCAUCAUUAAUCAUCAUUGUCAUUAAUGUACGCCUGCUUGUGAAACAUAAAAUAAUUCGAAGAACUUCUUCCUGCUCUAAUCACCAAUAUCUCCUUAUCUGAAGACAAAGGGAGUGGCUUCUAAGGGAAGAACGGGAAGGAGCUAUAGGUUCAUAGAAGGGAUGUGUUUUAAUGUUUAACGCAAAACAAACACCUUUCUGAAUCACAUUUAGAUAUUCAUCCACUUAGUAUUUCAGAGAAACAUUUUGAAAAGCUAGCGAGAGAUUGGCAUAAUCAGAGAAACUUAAAUUAAAAUGGUUUAAUGUGAACGUUGUUUUAUGAGUUCAAACAUUUUUUGUUUGUUUGUUUGUCAAAGAACUUGUGGAGGCAACAUUUAACUGCUGGCCAAGUAGCAUUCUACUAAUAAUUCAGUAUUAAUUGUUAUUAUUUUUCUUUUAUAUUAUUAGACUUAUGAAGCAGAUACGAUUGCGAAGGCUACACCGUUUUCUUCUUUACUAAAAUAUCUGGAAAGUUUUAGAUUGUAGUAGUACAUUAGGAGUGUAUUCUCGUUUUACAACAUGUGGGAAAAGCCUUAAAAUAAAUUUGAAAGUUUAUUAGAGGUUUAUGAAGUUCAAUUUACAGUGAAUGAGUUUUUAUUUCAUUGCUACUAUGUGUAAAUAUGUCAUAACACAGUUACUCCUUUCUGGGCUGGAGGGGAACCCAUAAUUAUUAUGCCUUUAUUCCCUGUGAUGUCUAAAAUGCAGCAAAGACCUUUGGGUAACCAAGUCUCCAUAACAAUCAUUAGACUAUCUACUUACUAGCAGGUGGUUUGGGAGGCAUACCCCCCCAAAAAAGUAUUUUCUAUUCCACUAUCAGAGAUUAAAAAAAAAAAAACAUAGUUUGCUCAGCUGAAAGGGAAUUGUAACUUUGAGUAAUGAUGCAUCUGAGUUGUUUCAAAAUUCGGAGAUCCCAGCUUCAGAUUCAAGUUGAAAGCAUUCAAAUUGCAAGUUUACUACCACUGGGAUACAAACACAUAAUAUAUUUCCCGCCAAUUUAUACAUUGAAUUAGAAGUGAUAGUAAACAGUCUUUGCCAAAAUAAUUUACUACAUGUUUUGUUCACAGCCAUAUUGGAUAUUAAACUUCGGGUUGCGUGACAAGUUCAGACUUUCCCCAGUCACUACUCCAACUUUAGAAGAUGUUCUUAUUUUUUUUUCCAACAAGCAUAAAAAAAAACUUCUGACCACAGGAGGAAUGCAUAGUAUACAUGAGCUCUCCAGUGACAAACACUCCAGGCCUGAGAAUAAGGCUCAUUAAAUGAAAAAGCUCCUCAUACCCACUCCUAAGUACAGUGGAGGUUUUUAAAUGUUGUGCCCUGUUUCUCUCCCAGAGGUUCUGGAAAGUGCAUGGCCUCAUGAACUCUUUUAAAUGCCUGGAUAUUCAAAAACAAAAAAUUGUUGGCCUCACUAAGGGGACAAUGGGUCACCUCAGGCGUUUUCAGCAAGACAAUGUUCUAAAACAAGUCAACUCAGAAAUGGUUUACUAGACACAAAGUCAACCCUUUCUUUGCCAAUUCAGUUUACAGACAUAACAAACUGUGUAUCUUCAAACUUUGUGAAAUGUUGCAGCAGAAGAGCAAUUGGUGCUUUCCAAUUGGCAAAGAGGGUGUAGCACCGAAUAUUGAAAGCAGGGGCACCUGCAAGUUUGCCACUAGGGUCAAAGGUAAUUUUGGCCCUAGUCAGAAUAUUUCUGUGUGAGAUUUUGCUGUUACAAUUGAGUAGAAUUUAUUUUAAGGCUUUUAACAUCUGUUUACAAAAAUUCUAAUGUCAUGUGAAGUUUAAUAGCAAUAAAAAAAACUGUCAUGAAUAGUGAGGGAUCAAUCAGACUUUUUACUGGUCAAGACAGAUUUCUGGCUUUCUUUGAUUUUUCACUUGCUAAUUCUUUACAAGAAGAAGAAAAGCUUAUAAACAAACUUACUCUUAUCACGUAAGUCUUCAAGCUAUUUAGCCUUUAUCGUAGGGUCGAACAUUUCAUUUCUGUAAACAAAUAAAGUCUUUGGACAGAGGUUAAAGUUUAACAGAAACCAACUCUCUUCUAGUGUCAGCUCAGAUACAACAUGGCAGCGUGUUGUCAGGGAGGGCUGGAGAAGCUCACAGCGAGGUCAGAGGUGCUUCAGGAAAGACACAGGGAGUCACAGACAUUACAGAGGAUUACUAUACACAUAGGAUCAGCUGUCAUACACAUGCUUGUAUGUGGAAAAGGUAAACAUGUAAUGCAUUAGGGUAACUAGCAUUAGCUCUAUACUCUGACAGAGUCUGGAUAGCAAUCUGUGUUACAAUUGUACAUAUGUGUCAGGUCUCAUUUUUUCAAUAAAGUGAAACAAAGGCUUCUUUUGAA